CAGCCAAUAUUUUGAAUUGUAGAAGAAAAUCUAUUAUUUUUUAACUUAUUUUUACCAAACAAAAUCCAAGCUUGAUAGUAAAAAUGUAGAAAUACGUUUUUUGUUGCAGUAAUUCUAUUUCCGGUCCCGUCUCUCCUACACGCUUGACUCCGCCUCUUUCAUGCAAUUUAAAUGUAGUUCACAGGCGGUGCUCUGUAAGUCCACCGAAAACACCCUCCGUCACUGAAGAAGUCUGCGGUUACACCGGCCUCGGUUCUAUUCGGCUGGACUCGGAUCAGUUCGGUUUGGAUCAGCUUGGCCCCGGUCCAAAACAACAUGCAGGAUGUCGAGCAUGGAGACAGCAGCCGAACACGAGCGAAUUCUGCGGGAGAUAGAGAGCACCGACACAAACUGCAUUGGACCGACGCUGCGCUCGGUCUACGACGGUCAGGAACAUGGUCUGUUCAUGGACAAGCUGGACAUCCGCAUCAGGAACCACGACAGGGACAUCGAGAAGAUGUGUAACCACCAUUUCCAGGGCUUCGUGGACUCAAUCACUGAACUGCUGAAGGUCAGAGGAGAGGCUCAGAAGCUGAAGAGUCAGGUGACAGAGACAAACAGACGUCUGCAGGAAGAUGGAAAAGAGCUGCUCAGCUCUGUGGAGGAGUUAAAAAAGUGCCGAGUUCAGCAGAGAAACAUCUCCACCACCAUUGACAAACUGUCUCAUUGUUUGCCAGUUCUGCAGAUGUACAGUCGACUCCAGGAGCAGAUGAAAGCCAAAAGGUACUACCCAGCACUGAGGACCCUGGAGCAGCUGGAGCAGACCUGUCUUCCCAGAGCGGGCCAGUACCGAUUCUGCUCCAUAAUGGCUGAGAAUAUUCCCAAACUGAGGACACACAUCAGGGACACAGCUAUGACACAGCUCCGGGACUUCUUGGAGAGCAUCCGCAAACAUUCAGACAAGAUCGGAGAGAUGGCCAUCAAACAGGCGCAGAUGCAGCGCUCUCUAGACAUGUCCGUCUCCUCACAGCCUAGGCCUCUGAUUGGACGUCGAGGCAGAAAAGAGACGGGGAUGUCCACAGCAUCGAGGAUGGAAGCUGGAGGACACAGAGACAGUCUAACAUCAGAACAGGACUCUGGAAUUCUGGAUGUUGAGGUCGAAGAGGAGGAUGAAGUACCUGGAGCUCAGGAUCUGGUGGACUUCUCCCCUGUUUACCGCUGUCUGCACAUCUACACUGUUCUGGGUUUGCAUGAUGUGUUUGAGAACUACUACAGAAAACAGAGGAGGAAACAAGCUCGACUGGUGCUGCAGCCGCACUCUAACAUGCAUGAAACCUUAGAAGGAUACAGGCGGUACUUCAACCAGAUAGUAGGGUUCUUUGUGGUGGAAGAUCAUGUUCUUCACACCACGCAGGGUUUGGUCAACAGGGCCUACGUGGAGGAGUUGUGGGAGCUGGCUCUGUCCAAAAUUGUGGCUGCGCUCAGGACACAUUCUUCGUACUGUGAUGAUCCUGAUCUGGUGCUGGACCUGAAGAACCUCAUUGUCGUGUUUGCUGAUACACUGCAGGGUUAUGGUUUCCCUGUGUCCCAGCUUUUUGACAUGCUGCUAGAGAUCAGAGAACAGUAUGGAGAGAAGAGGUGGAACAUCACCUUCAGACAGGUGUUGGACCAGGAUAACUACAGUCCUAUCCCAGUGUCCACAGAACCAGAGUACAGACACUACACCUCCCAGUUUCCCCUGCAGGACCCUGAGCUGGAAAAGCUUCCCUUCCCUAAGAAGUUGCCUUUCUCUGAAUUUGUGCCCAAAGUCUACUGUCAGCUGAAGGAGUUCAUCUAUGCCUGUCUGAAGUAUUCUGAGGACCUGCAUCUCAGCUCCACAGAGGUGGAUGACAUGAUCCGUAAAUCCACCAACCUGCUGCUGACCAGGACUCUGAGUCACUGUCUACAUUAUGCCAUCAAGAAGAAGAACGUGGGCCUGGCUGAGCUGGUGCAGGUGAUCAUCAACACCACCCACCUGGAGCAAAGCUGUCAGUUUCUGGAGGAGUUCAUCUCCAACAUCACCAACGUUCCUGUGGACACUGUCAACGCCACCAAACUGUACGGAACGUCCACCUUCAAGGAUGCUCGACACGCAGCAGAGGCAGAAAUCUACACCAACCUCAAUGCUAAGAUUGACCAGUUCCUGCAGCUGGCUGAUUAUGAUUGGCUUUCACCUGUGCAAGGGGGCGGAGCUCUGGCUCCCAGUGACUACUUGGUGGAUCUGAUCACCUUCCUGAGGAGCACCUUCAGUGUCUUCACUAAUCUGCCUGGAACGUCUACUGAACACCCCACUCUGCCUGGUAAGGUGGCUCAGACGGCCUGUAUGUCGGCCUGUAAACACAUCUCUACGUCUCUGCUGCAGUUGCUCCUAGAUCCUGAAUUACGUCAGAUAUCGAUGGGCGCUCUGCACCAGCUCAACGCUGACAUCUCCGAGUGUGAGAGUUUUGCCAGAGCCGGCCCGGUCGCAGGCUUCCAGGGUGACACGUUGCUUCUGGCCUUCAGUGACUUGAGACAAGUCCCGGUGUUCUGGAAGGUUCCGGGGUCCUGGGACAGAGCCGAGACAGGAGUUCCCUCCAGGACACACAAACCGCACAAAAAUGCACGCGUAAACACACACACACGUGUGGAUGCAAACGGCAUCAAAAAAAUAAGAUUUAGCUGUGAAAGCGAAGGUGAGAGAAACAACAACGAUCUAAUUUUUAGUUUUAAUCUUGUUUUUAAUUUAAAGAUUAAACUGUUGAACAAACAUUAACGUUUUAAAUGAACUUCAACAAUAAUUCUACAUUUACUUUAGGAAUCGAUUUUUUUAUGUUUAAUAAAUAAAUGACUGACAUCUCUAUUUUUAUGAUUUAUUCUUUAAAAUGACAAAUUAUCAGACCAGAAAUAAUUAAAAAUCAAAGAUGAUUUAUAUUUUAUUUAUCAGAUCCACUUCAGAAAGCUAAAAACUGAUUUAUUUUACUGAAAAACAUUUAAAAACAUUUUCAUUGACUAUCUGAUAGACUGACUAUCUGUGAACUGAUUUAAUUCAAGAUUGUUCGAUAAUAAGAAUAAUCAAAAAAUAAAUGCCUGUCUUUUCGGAACAUCUCAAAAAAGUAUGAGUACAUUUUCAAGGUAAAUUAUUAAAUCCCAGGAACCACAUCUUCGCCGGUAGCGGCCUGUUAACAACAGCUCUGCUGUUAAUGCAAGAAUUAUCCAAAUUGGGAUCAAUAAAGGUAAAUUUUUUUAAUUACAAUUUAAAAAAAUAUAUAAUUUUAGAAUAAAUUAUUAAAAUAAAACAUAGAUAACUUUUGUAAGCUGAUCAAACUCUAACAUGAAUUUGCUGAACACCAGGAAUUUUUUUUCUUGCGAAAUUAUUGUUUUGUAAUUUUUAGAAAUUCAUUAUCACAGAGUUUGUUUGUUUUUUAAAUUUCAUUACCACUAAAUUCCACGGAAGGAUUAGAAACAAACUCCUAUGUUUGGUCUCAUGGUUGAAGUUUAUUGUUUUUCAUCCUCUAACUUAGCUUAAUUUUUAUGUUUACAUUUAGAUUUUGACGAUAAUUAUUGUUUUUAUUCUUAGAAAAAAAUUCAGUUACUUUUGACUUAAUGUAACCAGUGGUUUUAAAUUGUUUUAAAUCUACAGCAAAUUCAAAAGAACUGUGAAGCAGUUUUAUUCAUUAGAUUUAAAAUUAGUUUUUGAGAUAAAAGUGUGUGAGGGUCUGUCUGUCUGUGUGUGUGUGUGUGUGUGUGUGUGUUUCUCUGUAUCCCUUCUUCUAAAUUUAGAACAUUCAGGUGUCUGUGGUUCUAUUUUCAAACCACUGGCUGCAUAUGCGGUAUAAGUGUGUGUACUCGGGGAUGCAUGUUUGUGUGUGUGUGUGUGUGUAUGCUCAUAUUGUGGUGUGUGAUUUUUACUCCCGCUGCUUCACUUUAUUCUUCAUGUUCAUAUUUUUUUACUGUGUGUGUCUGUGUGUGUGAUGCUGCAGUCACUAACGGUUCUGUGGUUGAUCGUGGGGUGUGUUCCAUUCCCCUGGUCGGCCACAGUCAUUCACCGUCACACAUUCCAUCCAUCCAUGUCUUCCUUUUUCUUCUUUUUACAGCUUCACCUUCUUCGCAUCAUCUGCACUCCCCUGCUCCUUCCCAUUCUCCAAUUCAUCUUCACCUCCUCCUCCUCCACUGCCACAUCACAUUGGCCAAAUUAUUAGACAUUUUUUUGUUUGUGUUGCUUUAAUGGAGGAAUUUCAUCUCUACUCUGUGUGUAGAGUCUUGUGUGAUGUGUUUCCUGCAAGAGUUGAGUUUUUUUUUUUAUUAUUCUCUUUUUAUUAGUUUGUCUGGUCUCUCUUCAUCUCCAAGAAAUGUAGUGGAGGAGGAGAACUUAAGGAUGGGCGGAGGUGUGGAGGCAGAACAGACAAGCGGGUUUGCUUCUGUAGAUGUGUGAAACUGUGGAAGGAGAAGGAGAAUCAGUGAAAGAGUUCAGUCAGGUGAAAGUGAUACCACCACCAGGGUGGUCUCUCUCUGUUUCUCUCCCUCUCUCGUCAGGAGUCUGACACGUCCCUUCAUCCAUGUGACCGCUCACAGAAGGGUGGAUGAAUGGACGAGUGGAGACGGGGUGAAAAAGCGAGAUAAAGGCUGAAGGGAAGGAUGAGCAGCAGACGGACGUUUAAAUGAACGCCCGUCGAUCUAUUGGUACAGACAGCGAGUAGUGGAGAGACCAGUGGGGGAGAGAAGGGGAACUCGGUCUCCCACACCAUGGAGAAAAUUUGUAUUUACCACAUCGAGGCAGAAGUUUCAUCACUAAGUUUAGAUGUGUUUUUUGUGACUUUGCUGUUGUAUAGAUGUGUAGAUGUGGCCUCACCGACGCAGGAGGCAGCAGUGGACCGACGUCUUCUGUGUCUCUGUGAGCUAAGUGUUUUUCUCUGUGGACUCUGGUGUAGGGCAGUGAGUGGUUUAACGCCAGUUUCCUGGUGGAAAAGUCUUCUUCCUCUUUCUGUUGUGAUUUGUUGGCGUCGUCCAGCCUCAUGUCUGGGUCAGAAAAAUAAGGCUCAGUCACAAACAUGAGGGCAACAGCAGGUCAUUGGGAUAAGAAGCACUUAUCUCAUCACACACACCCAUCCACACACACACAUACACAUAUAUCCACCUGUCACCACUGUCUGAUUCCAAUUAGAGUCCCAGUUCUUUCCCUCUCUCUCUCCCUCUUUCUCUCUCUCUCUCGGCCUCUCCCUCACCUUCCUGUCCCCUCGUUGCUCCUGUUCUUAUCGCGGUGACAGCAGGUCAGAGUGUGGUCAGCCGCAGGAACAAUACUGCGAUCUGAUUGGACAGGAAUGGCCGAUUUCCCACCAAUGGUCAUGCGGCGGUCACAGGAAUUGGUGUUGCAUCCAUGUUAAGUGACGUUGACUGAAGACACACGCACAAAGCGGUACAAAUCAUCAGUCAGAACAGGACCAGUCCACAUGGCCCUCGACACAGUGCUCUGUGACCUUGUGUGGACCAGUUCACUGUUGUCUUAUCAGUCAGAGGGUCAUUCUCACUGAUGCUGCUGCUGCUGCUGCUGCUGCUGCUGGUCUCUGCCUGUGUGUGCCUGUGUCAGUGUGUCUUCCACAGGCUAACCUUAAAAACCCAGGAUGUUGUGUCAAGUGAAUUUGUUGAAGUUAUCACUAAUUCUUGUGCUUCUGAAACACAAUAACCAAUGGUUUUAUUUUAUUCACUCUAUUUAAAUUGUUUAAAUUGUGAGGCUGUUGUGACUUCUAACAGCUGAGUUUUGACCUCUGAUCAUGAGUUUGGCCUUUGGCCUUUAUUUGAAUUUCGUAAACAUCUGACUCACAGUGUGUUGUCAUCUCUGUUCUGCAGUAAUGUCCAGUUAGUCUCACUCUUUUGUCCUCCUAUUGCUCUUCUUUAACAUUUGCGCCAUCACUUUCUCUCUCCCCCCUUUCCCCUGCUGUCAUCCACCUCUUUAUAUUAUAUUUUAUCAUUUUCUAUUUCCUCUGUUUCUCCAUCUUUCUCCCUCUCUCCUCCCCCAGUCUGUGCACUGUCCCCUGACAGCUCAGACCUCAGUUUGAACCAGUGCUGAUCUUUUCUCCUUUACUUUUUUUGUUCUCUGUUGUUUUUUGUACAUAGUUUGUUUUAUUCCAGUAUUUUCCACCUUCCACUUCCACAAGUGUGUGACGUAGAUCAAAGUUUAAGUUUAACAAUCAGACACCAAAAAAUGUUGUUUGUUUGUGUGUGUGUGUGUGUGUGUGUGUGUGUGUGUGCAUGCAUGUGUGUGCGUGCAUUUGUGAUGCUAACAUGAUUGACAGGAGUGGG